AUGCUUUCAAGAGCCGGUCAAUCUAUCUUACGCCAGGCGCGUACCCAAUUACGACCACAAGCUGGUCCUACGCCUGUUGCUUCACUAUCCGCACUCGCAAGAUUAUUAUCCUCGCUGGCCGUCCUGGAACAAAGGGAAGGCAAACUUAACCAUGGUUCACUUGGCGCAGUCACCGCAGCCCAGAAGUUAGGAGGGUCGAUAACUGCAUUUAUCGCGGGAAGCAAUAUCAAAUCCGUCGCUGAGGAAGCAGCUAAAGUUGCAGGAAUCGAAAAAAUUAUCGCGAUAGACAAUGCUGCAUAUGACAAGGGUUUGCCAGAAAAUUAUGCUCCUUUAUUAGUAGAAAAUAUCAAGAAGGGUGGCUUUACACACAUUAUUGCCGGACACACAGCUUUUGGAAAGAAUCUAAUGCCCCGCGUUGCCGCAUUGCUUGAUGUUCAACAAGUAUCGGAUAUUACAGGAAUCGAAAAUGAGAAGACCUUCGUUAGACUAAUCUAUGCUGGUAACGCAAUUGCCACUGUCGAAUCCUCAGAUGAAAUCAAAAUUAUCACUAUUAGAGGAACAGCCUUUGCCGCUGCUGCGGCUGAGGGAGGCUCGGCAUCGAUCGAAGAUGGUGUAGAUCCUAAGGUCGAGUCACAAACGGAAUGGGUUUCGGAAGAUCUCGCUAAAUCAGAUAGACCAGAUCUCGCCACUGCGGUUUACAGGUCGGCCAAACCGGAAAGGCAUCUCCGGUGCUAUUCAACAUUUGGCAGGUAUGAAGGACAGUAA